CUUGCACCCCCAUCACUAAAAUUGUAAUGGGCAGACAGUAAUCGAACUAUUCUAUCUGGAUAAAUGCAUUUUGGUUUUUAUGACUCCUCCUAUUUGGAGAAAUCAAGCAUCAUGUGAUGCACACACUAGCUUUUAUAUAGGUUAGAUGUAGUGUUAAGUGUUGCCCCAAAAUUAUUGGCUAAUUAAUUUUACUUCUGCAGUGGGAAGAGUUCUAGAGAAUCUGGUGUCAUAUUUUUUUCAAAAUCGAGUUAGGUGCUGUACAUGUAUCUGCUGAACAUUCCACUUUAUGUAUAUUACAGCUAUAUGGACAUCAACAUGGACAUGAUGAAAUGGGUGCAGAGAGUAAUGGAGUAAAAGAGAGUUAGUAAAUUCUCAGUAUGGACGAUUGUUAUAUUCCUGCAUAUAAUCCUGUCUUGAUUUUGGUUCUGAGUGGCAAAAGAAAAAGCGGUAAAGAUUUUGUGGCUGAACUGUUAAAAGAAAGAAUGGGUAUACAAAAAUCUGUCAUAAUUCGACUGUCAGGUCCUUUAAAGGAACAGUAUGCAAAGGAACACCAGCUUGAUUACUCAAGGCUGCUUGAUGCUACAGAAUACAAAGAAUUCUAUAGAACUGACAUGAUUCUAUGGGGUGAAGAAAUUCGACGUAAAAAUCCAGGUUACUUCUGUUACCAUGCGUUACUUCAACAGAAUGCUGAUAAAAAACCUGUAUGGAUUGUAAGCGAUGCUCGAAGAAAAACAGACAUUACUUUCUUUAGGACCAACUAUCCAUGUGCAACCAAGACUGUUCGGGUGUCUGCUACCUUAGAAACAAGAAAAUCACGUGGAUGGGUAUUCACACCAGGUGUGGAUGAUGUGGAGUCAGAAUGUGGUCUUGAUGAUGUCCAAGACUGGGACUUUGUAAUAAAAAAUGAUGGAGAUGAUAUUUUAUUGAAUGAUGGUAUUCAACCCAUUUUGGAUUUAGGAGUAAAGAGGAUUUCUUUAGAUAAUGUCUAAUGCUUAUUUCACCCCCAAAACAUCUUCAAAUUUAUUUAUGUGCUCUGUAUUCCAGUCAUAUUUUAAUAUAAUAAGCAUUAAAUAUACAUUUUAAAUUAUGCAGUUAUAUAUUUAUAUACACCCAUAAAACAAGAGAUGAAAACCUGACUAGGAAAAUGUGAAGGAAAAGUUUUACAGUUUCUUGUCUAAAAUUAAAAGAUUAGUUUUCUAAAUAUUUCACCAUUAUGACUUCAUCAGGAGAACACAAUUACUAUAUUUUGGCUUCUGAAAUAAAUCAUAGCUGAAACACAGUGAUCUUUUUCUCCCGAUGAAACAUUGAAAGAGAUAACAACAUUAAAUAUUAACAAAUCUCUCGUAUUAGUGUGUUUCAUUUUUGUGCUUUAAAAUUUUGCUUUCUAAGUCCAAAAUAAUCCAGUGGUUACAGACUUGUAGCAGUUAAAUUGAGCCACAAAGUUUUGAAAACUAUUAUCUGGACAUUUGUGAUGAAUGAAAAAUAAGGCAUAUGUAAAAAACAAAAUUGCUUAAGCUAGUGUGAUGAAGUUGAGGAGCACCUGGUAAUAUUUUUCUUAUUUAUUUCUUUACUCUCAUGUAUAUUUACUAGUGGUGUUAGCUGUAGCUGAACUUAACUCACACUAUGAAAUUCAUAACAUUCUAUUAUUAAAGGUUAUAUGUACAAAAUCUGUGUUCAUCAGACCUAAUUGUAUUAAUUCCAUGUUCUUGCCUGUUUCAAGCUGAUGUUAUAAGUUUUCAACAGAAACCUUAAGAGGUGGGCUAUAAUUACUACUGAAAUGUUGUAAAGAUACUUAAUUCCAGUACACCUAUAACUGGAGAUAACCAUAGCACAAUUAAAGUUUGUUUUUCCUACAAAUAUCAAACUUCACUUUGGGAACAUACAAAUGAUUUACUAAUAAUCAGUUUGUUUUGUUCGAAAACUUCAGACCCAACAACGCUUAAGAUACAUUAAUUUUUACGCUCUAAAUAAUAAUCAUUCUUGACAGGCUUUGCAGUAUUAUUAUGUAUAUGUGUCAAGUAUGUAAGUAUAUUUAAUUUAACUGUGAAAAGGCAUAGGAAGCAUUGAUAUUAUGUUAUGGAGGAUAUAUAUAUAUAAUAUACUUAAUUUUUUUCCUACACUUUGUCUUCUACUUUAAAAAUCAAUUGAAGAACAAGUGUCAAAUAUGUUUUAAAGAAAAAUAUUAUGAUCUAUAUAGAUAAUCAACUAAUUUAAUAUCACACCAUAAUCAUUGGUAAUUAUAAUUUUUGACUCGCUGCAAUGGGCACAUGUGUGGUACACAUUACAUAUAAUUUGUAUUAGACUUGAGAAGUGUGAUUUUAAUAUGGGAGUUUUGAAUAUAGUACCAUUACAAAGAAAGAGUAUUCCCCUUCUCACUAUCCAAAGUCUGUUUACCAGUUUCUGAUAAAUAAUGAAAUAUUACAACCUUUUUUAGUGUGUAUAUCAAAGUACACCUGGCAAUACUGUAUUUUGAUGCAAAUAACCCAUGGGCUAUACGUUUUUUUGUUGUACUUUUUAAAGACUGAAAUCACCAAUUUUCUAUUCCGAAGGUUCGUUUAUGUUGUUCUUGUUCAACAUGUGGAGUGAUUCAUCAAUCAGCCGAUAAAUACAGUUGUUGGCAAUCCCAGUUAUUCUGUGGUCAAAGGAGAAAGUAUAAAUACAAAUACUUUUAACCGUAUUUAUCAGUAUUUGAAUUGAUUACAAUUGAAAAUUAAUUAAUUGCUCACGUAUUCCAAGACGAGUAGAUUUCACUUUCAGUGCGUCUCUUAGCAUUACCACAACCUUUUAACCUGUGAUUGGCUUCACCAAUAAUUGUUAUAGUGAUUUAUAAUAAUCUGGACAAACUUGUAAAAUGAUAUAAAGUUCAACAGCUAACAUGGUGAAUUUAGAUGAAUGGAUGGCAACUGCCUGUUGUAGAAACACAAAUAUAGAGGACGAUGUUUUGAAAUGUCUUUUGCCUUUCAUUUUCAGGUCAGUCUUUAUAAUAUUCUAGUGGAUUGUGAAGGACAUGUUAUGAUUAGAUGGUUUAUCCCUGUUUCCUGUAGAUUCAACCAAUGGUAGCCACAGGUUGCUCACCUGUAAUCCAGAAUCUCAGUUCAGUAAAUGUUUUAUUUUCUUUAAUUUUUCAUGUCUUGCAAAAUUGGUCUGUGUCACUGGCUUGCACUGUGUCACGUGCCUAAAUGUUUCUCUUAGAUCAUUUUUUUCCUUAGGUGUGGGUUAUUUGUGUGAAAAUAUCUAUAAACAUGGUUGUGAAAGAGUUCACGUAUAAACAUGCUAACCGAAGCAAAGUUAUAAUGCAUAAUUUUAUCUUUUUUUUUUUAAUACAUAUUUCAAUUUUAAAGUGUGGACUUUGUGAAUGUUUUACUUUUUUUUUGAAGAGUUUAAAAUAUGUAUCUUUUAAUAAAGGGUUUCAGAGAAGUA